GGCUGUGGCAAAGAGCACACAGAUGAGAGGGCAGGAGGGAGGGAGGGAGGGUGGAGAGGGAGGUACCGCACAGCUCUCUCUCUGCUUCUCAGUGUGCUUUUUCACAAAAAAGACAGAACCAGGGCUGAAACUGAAACAGGGCAAGACUCGUAAAAGCAGAGCAGUGUGUGGCUCUCCUUCAUUUUCACUGUUUCCUGUUUAAGGAGGCCAUUUUGUACCUCAGCCUGGAAGAGGAGCAACGACCAAAAGUUUGCCUUUUGUUUUUCUUCCUUCUUCUCUCCCACGCCUGGGAGAGUUUCACAAUCAAGUUUGGACUUUCUCCUCUGCAGAGCAACUUCUUCUGACGAGAGAGGUGAAGGAGGAGGAGGAGGAAAAGCAGCACAGGCAGAGUAGAGGGGGGAAGUUUUCUCCUGCAAGUGUGUGUUUCUUUUAUGAGGCUCUACACACUUUGCUCAUGCCUGUCAUACCUGGGCAAUAGGAGAAGUCUGACGGCGACAGACUGAGAAAGAAGUGGCUGAAAGGAGGAGAAAGAUACCGCUUCCUGGAUAAGGAGUUCUUCCUUGAUCCACAGGGAGGGGGUGGACACAGGACGCAAGGAAGUGGGACUCUGCUCAGUGUGUGUCCAUGUGUAUGUAUGUGAGUUUGAAUGAGUGUGGGGUUUUCUGACAACUCUACACUGCACCUGGGCGUGUGUUUGUGAGCGUCUAUGUUGAUUUCUUCCAGCAGCCACACCACCACACAGGACUCUGAAUGGCUAACGCUAGCCCGUGUAUGUCUUCAGCAGGGCCCAUGGCCCAGGUCUUCUUCCCUCCUGGGGGUUCCUCACCUCCAGGCUCAGCUUUGGUGCAGCAGGGCACCCCCAUAUCAAUGCCCUCUACGCCCUCUCAGGCUGGUUUCCCUGUGAUGGACCUGGCACCAGGGCAAGUUCCUAUGAUACCUUCACUGCCUCCCACUCCAGCAGGGAUUUCCUUCAUCAUCCAGAUCGGCUUGACCAGAGAAUCCGUCCUCAUGCCACUGACUGCUGACCUGGCCUAUGUGAAGCAGAUGGCCUGCUCCAUUGUCGACACCAAGUUUCCAGAGUGUGGCUUCUAUGGCAUUUACGACAAGAUAUUGCUGUUCAAGCAUGACACAUCAACAAACAACAUCCUGCAGCUGGUGAAAGGAGCCAGUGACAUUCAGGAGGGAGAUCUGGUGGAGGUGGUGCUCUCUGCUGCAGCCACUUUUGAAGAUUUCCAGAUUCGUCCCCAUGCACUCAAUGUGCACUCGUACCGAGCCCCAGCCUUCUGUGAUCACUGUGGAGAGAUGCUGUUUGGACUGGUCCGACAGGGACUCAAGUGUGAUGGAUGUGGACUAAACUACCACAAGCGCUGUGCAUUCAGCAUCCCAAACAACUGCAGUGGAGCUCGGAAACGGCGUCUGUCCACCACCUCGCUGAGCAGCAGCCAGUCCCUGCGUCUCUCCACCACUGAGUCGGUGUACAGUGUCUCGACGGCCUCCACCUGCUCAGAGGAAACCAGCCUUGUCCGCUCACACACACAAAUGCCGCGAACCCCUAGUGACGCCAGACGCUUCUACACAGGCCGACCUGUACAUCUGGACAAAAUCCUGAUGAGCAAGGUGAAGGUGCCCCACACGUUCGCUGUCCAUUCAUACACACGACCGACCGUGUGCCAGUACUGCAAGAGGCUGCUUCGAGGACUCUUCAGACAGGGCCUUCAGUGCAAAGACUGCAAGUUCAACUGUCAUAAACGCUGUGCGUACAAAGUUCCUAAUGACUGCCUAGGGGAGACCAUCGGAGAAAACAGAAGUAACUGCGACAUGUUGAGCCCCAGUGCGGACCCUGAGGUGCCUAUGGACUACAGCACGGAGUACGAUGCUGGAGACAAGUCUUCAAUGGAUGACUCAGAUGAGGCCUGCAGCAUCCCUGGAUCCUUCUCUCCUGACAACAACCAGGCUGGAAUCAGUGGAGACCAGAAUGUUAACAUCCCUCUGAUGAGGGUGGUUCAGUCGGUGAGACAGACAACCCGCCGCUCCAGUACAGCUAUUAAGGAAGGAUGGAUGGUUCACUACAGCAAUAAGGACACACUGAGAAAGAGGCACUACUGGCGUCUGGACUGCAAGUGCGUAAUCCUUUUCCAGAACAACACCUCCAACAAAUACUACAAGGAGAUCCCUCUGUCUGAAAUCCUGGAAGUUCGACCUGCGGGCAACUUCACACUCGUCCCCCCCGGCACAAACCCUCACUGCUUUGAGCUCAUCACAGGCACCAUGUGCUACUUUGUAGGGGAGGACCCCAACACUCUCCCCCCUCCGUCCCCCAGCAACCCACAGACUUUCCCCCCUCAGACCCCUCCUUCUCCCAGCCAAGUUGCUCCCAACAGCGGAAUUGGGCGUGAGGUGGCAAAGGCGUGGGAAAGCGCCAUUCGGCAGGCACUCAUGCCAUCCAUCUUUCAGGAUGCACCAGCUGAGGGGAACACACCACACAGACAAGCCUCGAUUAGCAUAUCAGUGUCCAACAGUCAAAUUCAAGAGAAUGUGGAUAUUGGUAUGGUGUAUCAGAUUUUUGCUGAUGAAGUGCUGGGAUCUGGGCAGUUUGGAAUCGUGUAUGGAGGAAAGCACAGGAAGUCUGGGAGGGACGUAGCUGUCAAAGUCAUUGACAAACUUCGCUUUCCUACAAAGCAAGAGAGCCAACUGAGGAAUGAGGUGGCCAUACUGCAGAGUUUACGUCACCUAGGCAUUGUGAACUUGGAGUGCAUGUUUGAGACUCCGGAGAAAGUGUUUGUGGUGAUGGAGAAGCUGCACGGUGACAUGUUAGAGAUGAUCCUUUCCAGUGAGAAGGGCAGACUGCCCGAGAGGCUCACCAAGUUCCUCAUCACACAGAUCCUUGCAGCUCUGAGACAUCUCCACUUUAAGAACAUUGUUCAUUGUGACCUGAAACCAGAGAACGUGCUGCUCGCCUCUGCUGAUCCCUUCCCCCAGGUGAAGCUAUGUGACUUUGGAUUUGCCCGCAUCAUCGGCGAGAAGUCCUUCCGCCGCUCUGUAGUUGGGACCCCGGCUUAUCUGGCGCCUGAGGUUCUGCUGAACCAGGGCUACAACCGCUCGCUAGACAUGUGGUCGGUCGGCGUCAUCAUGUAUGUCAGCCUGAGUGGGACGUUCCCUUUUAACGAGGAUGAGGACAUCAAUGAUCAGAUCCACAACGCAGCCUUCAUGUACCCUCCCAACCCCUGGAAACAGAUCUCUAGUGAUGCAAUCGACCUGAUCAACAACCUGUUGCAAGUCAAGAUGAGGAAACGCUACAGUGUGGACAAGAGUCUCAGUCACGUGUACUUACAGGACUAUCAGGCAUGGCUGGACCUGCGAGAGCUGGAAACCAAACUCGGCGGACGAUACAUCACUCAUGAGAGUGACGACAGCCGCUGGCAAGCGUUUGCUAACGAACACACUCUGCCUUACCCUGCUCACCUCGUGCCUCCUCCUCCCGCUCCUGCCUCUGAUGAAGAGGGUGGGGAGGAUGCAGACAUGCAAGGUCUUACUGAGAGGGUCAGCAUCCUCUGACACCCAGCAACAGGAAAAAGAGGACUCAAGCUCUUGCGGGAAGAUGGCAAGAAGUAGGAAGAGGAAAUGAAGAUGUGGUCCUCUGCCCUGACCUUGAAAAAGACAUAAAGUUAGAAAAAGAAUGACGUGGUUUGUGUCCAGCUGUAAAGACUUUCACAUUUGCAAACUCUCAACUUGUUCAUAUAGGUCCUUCUUUGUUUUUUUUUUAAUUAUAGAGGGGCAACUGUUGAGCUUAAAAUCUGACUUCUGAAGACAGAUUUGCAGGUUCAGUUGUCAAACUUUAAACCAGAAUGAGGCACAGAAAUAAGAGCUUGAUGUUUUUCUGCUUUUCAUAAAAAAAACAUUGAAGUGAAGCAGGUAAUGCCAUUUAAUUACAAGUAAAAAAUGAGUUUUUUUAUUGAGGUAUCUUUCAAAAUGAAUUACAGUUUAGUUCGAAAAAGAAACUGCACCCUAUUAAAAGAGACAUCAUAUUAGUUUUAGUAUCAUAUAACUAGACUGAGUGGAAUAGCAGUCCCACUUGUGACUUUAGUCAACACCGGUUCAAUCUUGUUGCAGAGAUGGAGGGCUUUAAAGUGUCAAAAGACUUCCUCUCUACUGGUAAUUACUCAUAUGCAGGCAAGAAUGCGAACCUAUCUGUAUUCACAAAUGCAUUCCCAUAAAAUUAAAGCCCUGACGAGAAAACUGAAAGUAUUGAUCCGGUGACUGAAAUCCUCCCAUAAUUACCACUAGUUUUGUGCCACAGUAGACUCUUUGGAAACAUAUGUGAUUACAGAUGUCAUUGUGGUUUUAAAUGAACUCCAGUUUAGGGCCGCUAUUAUGCUUUUUUUACUGCUAUGUGAGUCACAUUAGCCACAAUGACUGUAACUGAAUGGCGAAAAUUGCUUCUAUUAUGUUGCCCACUCUAUAAUCCAUCUUUGAAAGUAUAUUUAUACAGUGAAUAACACUUCCUCACAGAUAAUGUAUAAUAGAUUCAAAUACUGAUACCCUGGCACAUAAAUGGAUUCCUCUUUGAAACAGCUUCAUGUUUAUUGUUCAGAAGAGCAGACAUCUCCCUACAAUGUAUGAGCAUAGAUGGACAGCCUGGGUUACAAAACUAGAUUUGGAGAAUGUUUGUAGUUUGGUCAUUGUCAAUAUGUUGCAUGUUUCUGUGAAGUAGGAUUAUUUAGAUAUACAUUUUAAACAUACUGUAGUUAUGAUGGUUCAUUAUACAUAUGUAUAACCUGAAGCUUAUGUAGUUGUUUAAUAUUCCUAGACUGUGUAUGACAUGUUUAAAGGAUAAUCCUAGCCUUUGUAACAGAUAAUACAAACACUGAAAAUAUA